UUUUUUUUUGGGCUUAUUUCGCCGGGCAACUCUCUCGACGGCGGCUUGGCUCAGGGAGGCGAUUUUCAAAACGGAGCGGAAGCGCAAGGGAUAUCACUGUUUUUUAAACCCUAAUCGCUUUCGUAUUGUCAAAAUUCUUCUUCCACCAUGUGGUUAUGGGACUCUUUUCUGAAUUGGCUGCGAAGCUUCUUCUUCAAACAGGAAAUGGAGUUAUCCUUAAUCGGACUCCAGAAUGCUGGAAAAACAUCACUUGUGAAUGUUAUUGCGACUGGUGGAUACAGUGAAGACAUGAUUCCAACGGUUGGGUUUAAUAUGAAGAAGGUUACUAAAGGAAAUGUCACUAUAAAGUUAUGGGAUCUUGGAGGCCAACCAAGAUUUCGCAGCAUGUGGGAGCGAUAUUGCCGUGCAGUCUCUGCUAUUGUGUACGUCGUCGACGCAGCUGAUCACGACAACUUAUCUAUUACGAAAGGCGAACUCCAUGACUUAUUGAGCAAGCCUUCACUCACUGGCAUUCCAUUGCUGCUACUUGGGAACAAAAUUGACAAGCCAGAAGCUCUCUCUAAAGAAGCCUUGACAGAAGAAAUGGAUCUGAAAGCCAUUACUGAUAGAGAGGUUUCCUGCUUCAUGAUCUCUUGCAAGAACACGACCAACAUUGAUGUUGUUAUAGAAUGGCUUGUGAAGCAUUCCAAUUCUAAGAGCUGAGUAUCUGGGCUUCUGCUGCUGUGAAUCUGUUUUGACGUUUGGGGAUUUUGUUUGGAGUGAACUGGAUUUAUGUUUGAAAUUUUUUAAUUUAUGUGUUUUUCUGUAUUAAUUUUGAUUGAUUGUUGUGAGCAAAUGCUGUAUUGUUGUGCAAAUUGUUAGGAUGAAAUAUAUAAUAUUC